CCCGCCCCGUCCGGGCUGGGGCGGGCGCAGGCGCGGGCUGGGCGCGAAGGUCGGGCGUCUUCAAGCCCUGACCUUCGCCGGAGGGCCCCGCGGCAGCAUGACGGUGGGAGCCAGGCUCCGAAGCAAGGCGGCGAGAGGCCUCCCGCGCCGCGGGCCCCGGGGGCGAGCGCGGACGGAGGGGGACGAGGAGGCGGCCGCCCUCCUGGAGCAGCCGGAGCGCGGGGACGAGGCGGCGAGCUGCGCGAACGCGGGGCGCCCGGGCGCCCGGGGCGCGCGCAAGGUGCACCUGGCCGUCCUCCCCGAGCGCUACGAGCCGCUGGAGGAGCCGGCGCCGGGAGAGAAGCCCAAGAGGAGGUACCGGCAGAAGCUGAAGAAGUACGGCAAGAAUGUUGGGAAGGUCAUCUCCAAAGGGUGCCGCUACGUUGUCAUCGGCCUGCAGGGCUUCGCCGCGGCCUACUCCGCCCCAUUCGGGGUAGCCACCAGCGUGGUCUCGUUCGUCCGCUAGUGGGCGCCGCGGGGACCGACGCGCUGGAGAAAGGAUGGACGCUCUCCUGCUCCGGGAGCCUGUGAACCCGGGACCAUUUCAGACCCGAACCCGCAAAAUCCCUGGGGGAAGACAAUGGCUUUCUUUGUUGAAUUGGAUGAAUGCUGUGAAUGGAACAUCCCUGCCCAUCUGCUGAGCUUCUCAUGACUCUAGGACACGGGUGGCUCCGACGGACGAUCCCGCAGAGUGAGGCCUGUGUUCGGUUUGGGGUUAUGGUUUGCCCUCGGUUCCCAGGGCAGCAGAGGCGCUGUCUGGCUGUCUGUGCCCCAUCUCCUUCCUCCACCCCUUUGUCACCAAGAAGCAAGGAAGGAAAAUCUCCGUGAAGGUCGUGAUGCUUCUAAGACUGUUGAUGAGACGGGUGACUGUUUAAAGUAGAUGAAGCUUGUGAUUCCCACCCUCCUGUGACACCAGCACGCAGCCGCUGGUGAUGAGGCAAGGAGGGAGUCCAAGUGCACAUACAGGCUGGGUUGCACAGGUCGCUGGAGGGAGUGCCCACGUUGUGCCCGGGCCAGCCCAGUGUGGCUGCGUGUUUGGAGCUGCACGCCUGUGGCCGGCUGACGGUGGGCGUCCUGACUCCGCUGCUGGGCACCGUCGCCUACUCCCCACGGCUGUCCGUGCCUCUGUGCCAAGCCACCGAGGGCACUUUGUCUCGGGAGAGAAGGAGACGCUAGGCCUGGCAGGGGAAGUGUGCGAUUUAGAGGAGGAACCAGGAAGUAGGAGAUGGGUGUGUUGGAGGUAGACAAAGAAAGAUGGCGGACAGGAGAAGUGGCAGGAUGGGGGCCGGGUCUGGUGUACCGGUGCUGGGAAAUCUUAGGUGGGCUGGGCUCUGGGUAGGGACCAGGGGGGCUGGGCGGCUGGAGGUGCCAUGGCUGGCGCUGAAAAACCCUCUGAGGCCCAUGAGCUCUCACCGGCUGCCCGUGUAGCAUCCUUGUCGUUUGCUGCCAAGUUUGUCCCCAGGACAACCCACGGACUGCCAUUGGACCGUUGGCCGGGGAGGUGAAAGGAGAGGAGGCUCCUCUUCCCAUACCCCUCGUGAUGGGCCACUGUUCCACCUGUUUCCAGAAUAUCCAGAGGUCCGAAGUGAUGGCUGCUGAUCAGUCUGUAGAAUGGGUAUUAACACCUGCCUGUGGCCCCGACAAGUUUCCCAGACUCCGCAAAGGAGGUCUCCGGGUUCAUGCCUCGCCGGUCAAGCCGACGAGGUGGGCCCCGGAAGUGAAGAAGGUGGGCAGACAGACGGGGACAGAAAAAGGAAUGGGUGGAGGAGGAAGUUGUAGCUGGACUCAGCCUCACGUUCUGGAAACCCACGUUGCAGAUGAACUUGGAUCCGGUUCCUGGACCAUUAGUAUUUGUGAGGAAAAGAGAAAACAGACAGUCUUGUUUUAACUCAAAUGAGGAAAGUUGAUAAUGGCACAUUUUCACACAUGUAAGAUAAAUAUAGCUUGCCUGGUCACGCUGGGACUGGGGGGGGAGAGACGUGGUUUAGUGGGAGAGCCAGGCGGGCCUGUCCGGCCCACCAGUGACAGAAGGGGGACAGGAGGAAGCAGCCUGCCGUGAACUUGAAGGAUGCCCCUCCCCAGGGGCCGGGGGGGGGGGGGGGGGUGGUGGCUGAGAAGCUCACUGAGUCCCCUGGGGGGAUGGAAGCGUGACCCAGAAAGGGACCAGAGCUGCCAGGGCCUGUCCAGUGAAGACCUUCCCUACCCCACUCCCAAACUGGAGACACUAUCAGACCAGACACAUUUGACCCUGAAACUCCUACAGUCUGGUUAAGAAUUAACCCAGAAAUUUCUUAAGGCGGAACCUCGCAGGGAUUGUCCUGGGAGACAGAUUCGUGUGUACAGAAGAUGAACUUCUCCAAGCCGCUCAGCCUCCCCGGCGAGUGUUCACCUCCCCAGCCACCAGGCACCCGUGUGGCAGAUCCCCUAUCACCUGUUCUCUGUCCUCAGCUUUGUUUUUUUAACAUCAGGGUCCACGCCCCCCUGGGAAUUGAGUUUUAGAGCUUUGCUUUUACACGCUUGAAAGAGGCUUCUUUUGUAUCCUUUUCUUGCCCUGUUAUGUAAAUAAAACCCUCAACUUGUGUAA